AGCUUGUUUUUUUUUUCCCACCCUGUGGCCUGGUAACUGCGGUGGGCCGCUCUUCCCCCGUUCUCUCUGGGUUUCCUGCGGCCGGAAGGCCUGUGCAGGCCCGGAGGAGUCUGGCUUAGGGAUCGGCAUCGCCCCGUAGGGGGCGGAGGGGCGUGAUGGCUGCGGAAGAGGAGGACGAAGUGGAGUGGGUGGUGGAGAGCAUCGCGGGGUUCCUGAGAGGCCCAGACUGGUCUAUCCCCAUCCUGGACUUUGUGGAGCAGAAAUGUGAAGUUUUUGAUGAUGAAGAAGAAAGCAAAUUAACCUAUACAGAGAUUCAUCAGGAAUACAAAGAACUAGUUGAGAAACUGUUAGAAAAUUACCUCAAGGAAAUUGGAAUUAAUGAAGAUCAGUUUCAAGAAGCAUGUACCUCUCCUCUUGCGAAGACACAUACAUCUCAGGCUAUUUUGCAGCCCGUAUUGGCAGCAGAAGAUUUUACUAUCUUCAAAGCAAUGAUGGUCCAGAAAAACAUUGAAAUGCAGCUGCAAGCCAUUCGAAUAAUUCAAGAGAGAAAUGGUGUACUACCUGACUGCUUAACUGAUGGGUCUGAUGUGGUCAGUGACCUUGAACAAGAAGAGAUGAAAAUCCUGAGAGAAGUUCUUAGAAAAUCAAAAGAGGAAUAUGACCAAGAAGAAGAGAAAAAGAGAACAAAACAGUUAUUCGAUACUCAAACAGAAGACCCCUCAGUGCAUACUGGUGAGACUGCAAAGGCGAGUAAUUCCCAAGGAAGGGGCAGACAUUCUUCACCCUCACCCCCAGAAGUGAAUUUUGCUAAUCAGUCAGCACAAUCCUUGGCAAGAAAGAUGGAACCAUUUUCUGACACUUCCUCCCUCACACAAAGAGGCCUGAAGAUUCCUGGUUUAGAACAUGGUGGCAUUGAAGGACCAAUAGCAAGUCUGUCAGCACUUGGAGCAGAAGAGCUGCGGCAACGAGAACACUAUCUCAAGCAAAAGAGAGAUAAACUGCUUUCUAUGAGAAAGGAUUUAAGGAGUAAGCAGAUCCAGAAUGUGGAGCAGAAAGGAAAACCUACUGGUGAGGUAGAGGAAAUGACAGAGAAGCCAGAAAUGACAGCAGAGGAGAAGCAGACAUUACUAAGGAGGCGAUUGCUUGCAGAGAAACUUAAAGAAGAAGUUAUUAAUAAGUAAUAAUUA